GCAAAGCUUUUAUUGGUUUCUGUGCUCGAGAGGCAGAUAUUUGACUUCCUUGGUUAUCAGUGGGCACCCAUCCUGGCAAAUUUUAUACACAUUAUUAUAGUCAUACUUGGCUUAUUUGGAACCAUCCAGUAUAGACCUCGUUACAUAACAGGAUAUGCUGUCUGGCUGGUCCUUUGGGUUACAUGGAACGUGUUUGUUAUCUGCUUCUAUUUGGAGGCUGGGGACCUUUCAAAGGAAACAGAUCUCAUUCUGACCUUUAAUAUCUCAAUGCAUCGUUCUUGGUGGAUGGAGAAUGGGCCAGGCUGCACCGUGACCUCAGUAACCCCAGCCCCAGACUGGGCACCAGAAGAUCACCGUUAUAUCACGGUCUCGGGGUGUUUGCUUGAAUAUCAGUACAUAGAAGUGGCUCACAGUUCUCUUCAGAUCUUCCUCGCACUGGCCGGCUUCAUCUAUGCCUGUUAUGUGGUGAAAUGUAUUACUGAAGAAGAGGACAGCUUUGAUUUCAUAGGUGGAUUUGACUCUUACGGCUAUCAAGGUCCACAGAAGACAUCUCAUUUACAGCUACAGCCCAUGUAUAUGUCAAAAUAAACAAAGAGGCUACUCAACGUGGGCUGGAGGACCCAUCAAGGAAACUGUUUCAGGAUGGCCCCUUGGUUCUUCAAAGAGCAAAAAAAAUCCAGUUUUUGUGCUAUUAAAAAAAAAAAAAAAAAAAGCUGAUUGAACAGUGAGACAAAGAACAACGGACACCUUCAGCCCCUCUUUCUAACAGGUACUAAGGGAGAUGCCCCAGACCCCCACCUUGGACCUCCUGCCUCCCAGCACCAGAGGGCCAGAGCAGAGGCGUUGGUGCCAUCUUCUGGCUCUUCUCUACCCUGGCCACCACCAUCAUGGCCCAUCAGGAUUAAGACCUGAACUCAGCCCAUUUGGUGGUUUCGGAGCCCCCUCCGCACUCCUGGCCACGUCGAGUCUCCUCAGUCAACACAAUACUAAAAAUACCAGGAUGACCUUGCAGCAGAAGUCAAUAGACAGCACGUUGUUUGUCCUGAAGGCUGUACAGUUCAUACUUGCCUUAACCCAACUGCGUUGCACAUCAGAGAAACUCCGUGCAAGCUUUCUGAAGUAACAUGCUGCUGUUAAUUCUGAACGAUUUCUAAGUCAGUGGUUUUCUUCUGUUUGGUUUUGUUUUGUUUUCAUGUCAGGGAAUAAGGCUCUGUUGCUCCACAGCUCCAGAGCGACCAAGUAGAAAACUGCCAGCUGUCUGAGAAGUGCUUUACUUUUGAGGCUCCACAGUGGUCAAGAAACAAAGAGUUUAUAAUGAUUAAGAAAAAGAAAAAAAGAAAUGAGACCUUUUGGGGUCGGGGUGGGGAAAGGGGUAACAUAAACUAAUAAUUUAACGUACUGGAAAUAAGCAGCAGAAACAGUGCUUCUUAAUCCUGCUGGUUUUAUUUAUCGCACUGUAGGUGCUUUUAUAGCUAUCUCUAAAUGUCUUUUACUAACUACAGAGACAUCUGCAGAUUUCUAUCAACAAAGGCCAACUGAAUAUGUACUAGAUAUGUUUACUCUUUUAUAUCUAAUUUCAACUGAAAAUUCUCUGUAAGUGAGCUUUUUUUUUCUAAUUGCACCAUAAGGGAUCCAUAUAUUUUAUUUUUGUUUUCAGUUGGGGAGGGAGGGGAGGGCCUAGUUCAGUUGAGGAAAUAUUGGAGAUCUUUUUGUGGUAUAUUUGGGGGAUCUGUUGUGUGUUAGAACGUGUAUUUUAUCUUCCUGUAUUAUUGUGACUGAAAAAAAAAAAAACUGUGCUG